ACGCACGUCGGAUGCAGUGUGAAUCUAGCAAGUGUCGCAGAAAAUGCCGUGUUGGUCGCUUUCAGUUUUUCGAUGGUUAGCUGUUAUAGUUGUCAGUUAAGUGUGUUUUACCGGAAUAAUAGGAUAAUAUAAUUGAAAUCAUGCUCGGACGUUUACCUGCGUGCGUCAUUGACGUAGGUACUGGAUAUACAAAAUUGGGAUUUGCUGGCAACAAAGAACCUCAGCUGACUAUACCCUCAGCAAUCGCUAUUAAAGAAACAGCUAAAGUAGGUGACAAUAAUGCAAGAAGAAUUACUAAAGGUGUUGAAGAUCUGGAUGCUUAUAUCGGAGAUGAAGCUUUUGAAGCUACCGGAUAUUCAGUUAAAUAUCCUGUGAGGCAUGGGCUGGUAGAAGAUUGGGAUUUAAUGGAGAAGUUUCUGCAACAAUGUAUUUUCAAGUACCUCAGAUCGGAACCUGAAGAUCAUUACUUUCUGUUAACAGAACCACCCCUAAAUACUCCAGAAAAUCGAGAAUACACAGCAGAAAUUAUGUUUGAGUCCUUUAAUGUACCAGGACUUUAUAUAGCUGUACAAGCUGUUCUUGCAUUAGCUGCUUCAUGGACUGCCAAAAAUGUAGAAGAUCGUACUUUGACAGGUGUUGUUGUUGAUAGUGGAGAUGGUGUAACUCAUGUAAUUCCAGUAGCAGAAGGUUUUGUUAUAGGGAGUUGCAUAAAACACAUUCCUAUCGCGGGACGUGAUAUUACUUAUUUCAUACAAAGUCUAUUGAGGGAACGAGAGAUUGGAAUACCACCUGAGCAAUCAUUAGAAACUGCCAAAGCAAUCAAAGAGAAAUAUUGUUACAUAUGUCCAGAUAUAUCGAAAGAAUUUGCCAAAUAUGAUAGUGAUCCCACAAAAAUUAAAAAAUACGAAGGUGUUAAUAGUAUCACCAAGCAACCUUUUGCUGUAGAUGUUGGAUAUGAAAGGUUUCUUGGGCCGGAAAUAUUCUUUCACCCUGAAUUUUCCAAUCCGGAUUUUACGACGCCGCUUAAUGAAAUUGUUGACGAUGUAAUUCAAAACUGUCCCAUCGACGUCAGAAGACCGUUGUAUAAUAAUAUCGUGUUAUCAGGAGGUUCUACUAUGUUCAAAGAUUUCGGUAGAAGGCUGCAACGCGACAUCAAAAAGAUCGUUGAUACACGUCUUAAGCUUAGCGAAACACUAAGUGGCAGUCAUAUUACGCCAAAACCGAUAGACGUCCGUGUGAUAUCACAUCACAAGCAGCGUUGCGCAGUGUGGUAUGGUGGUGCACUACUAGCCAGUGAUCCAGAAUUCUAUACAGUCUGUCAUACAAAGAAAGCUUAUCAAGAGUAUGGUCCUGGAAUUUGUCGUUUUAAUCCCGUUUUUCACAGUAUGGUGUAAGGGAUAUAAUAAAUGAAAUAAAUAUGUCGAUUGAGAAAUCAUUCUUAAUGAAUAUUUUCAACCGUGAAAUGUUGCAAAAUUUUGAUAAUUUAUUAUUUGUCUUAAGUGAUACUAAAUACAAGAUUAAAAAUUUUAGUUUGUUUAUAAAGAGACAGUUUCUCAUACUUACAAAACCAUGUGAAAAAGCAAAUUUAUGAAUCUACAAUCACACUAUGAGUAUUAAUGUAAUAUUUGCUGACCUUUUUUAUAUGUAAUACAACAAUAAUAUGUGGUUUAUAUACAAUGUGUAA